AGAGGAGCUGUGGUGAAGUUAGAGUAGCGGCAGACAGACAGAAGCAGAAAGAGUCAGACACUGAGGGAAAUUAAUGACGUCCGGACAAGACGAGGGAACAAACUGAGCGAUAGAAAAUCUUCGAGGUGUGUGUGCGUGAGUGUGUGUGUGUGUGUGUGUGUGUGUGUGUGUAAAUCAUGGAGCUGGAGCGUUUAGGAGGCGGUGGGGUUAAACCAGAGAAGGGCACCAGUCGUCUGUACAGGAUCGCUCUGGCCAUGUGUGUGUGCCUCUGUGGAGCUCUGCUGCUCGCGCUCAUACUGGUCUCCCAGAAGUCCCACCAGGAGGAGUUCUGUCUGACCCCAGAAUGCAUCGAAGCGGCUGGGUCCAUCAUAAGUAAAAUAGACCGGUCCGUUAACCCCUGCGAGGACUUCUACAGCUUCGCCUGCGGAGGUUGGCUGAAGGAGAACCCGAUCCCCGAGGACUCGUCGUCGUACGGCAUCUACCCGUGGCUGCGGCAGCACGUCGACGUCCGACUGAAGGAGUUACUGGAAGCUCCGUCAGAACCAAAUGAACUGGAGGCCGUGACCAAGGCCAAGAUCCUCUACCGCUCCUGUAUGAACGAGAGUGUGCUGGAGCAGGUGGAUGCUAAACCCAUGCUGAGGACGCUCAGGCAGCCAGAGUUCCGGUGGCCCGUCGUGGGGGACGGGCUCGGUGGGGACUACCAGUGGUCAGCGGGUCAGUGGAGCCUCCUGAGGACCCUGGCGGAGGUGAGAAACCAGCACAGCAAGAGCGUCCUGGUCCGCCUGUACGUCUCCCCCGACGACAAGAACUCCUCCCACUACAUCAUCAAGCUCGACCAGGCGUCCCUGUCCCUGCCCUCCAGGGAAGACUACACCACCAACACCUCCUCUGCCCGGGCCUAUCGCGCGGCCUUGCUGAGUUUAAUGGUGGACACCGCCGUCAUGCUGGGCGCUCCAGAGAAGGCGGCGCUGGCCCAGAUGGAGAGCGCUCUCGCCUUCGAGACCAAACUUGCUCACAUUCUGAUUCCGUCUGAAGACCGCACCAGUGAAAGCAUGUACAACAGAUACACACUGUCUCGGCUCCAGCGCCACAUCCCACAGUUUGACUGGUUGGGUUUCGUAAAAGCUGUGGUGGAGACUAAAGGCGACCCGGCUCGGUCCAUCUCCUCCUCUGAGCCCGUCAUUGUCCGAGCUCCACAGUACUUCAAGGAUCUGUUUAAGCUCAUUAACGCUACAGAUCCCAGGAUUGUGGCCAACUAUGUCCAGUGGAGGACCAUUUUUUCCAAGAUUACUUCUCUGAGCCGUCGCUUCCUUUACAGAUACCUCGACUUUGCUCGGGUGACCACGGGAACCACCUCUCUGACGCCGCGCUGGGACAAAUGUGUCAACUACGUGGAGAGCUCGCUUGUUUACGCCACCGGGCGCCUCUUUGUCAACACACACUUCCAGGAGGACAAGAAACUCAUGAUGGAAGAGCUGAUCGAAGGCGUUCGCUGGGCGUUCAUCGACAUGCUAGAGAAAGAGAACGACUGGAUGGAUCAGGCAACGAAACAGCGAGCCGUAGAAAAGGCUCACGCUGUACUGGCAAAGGUCGGCUACCCUGAGUUCAUCCUUAACGACACCUACCUCAAUGAAGAUUUGAAGAAGUUGGAGUUCAGGGAGACGGAUUACUACGGCAACGUGAUGCAGACCCUGAAGUUCAUCGCCCAGUCAGACCUUGACUUGCUCAGGAAGAAGGUGCCGCGUACAGACUGGUUCACAAACCCAACGACUGUUAAUGCCUUCUACAGUUCUUCUACAAAUCAGAUCAGAUUUCCUGCUGGAGAGCUUCAAAAGCCUUUUUUCUGGGGUCGAGAGUAUCCAAGGUCCUUGAGUUAUGGAGCCAUCGGAGUGAUAGUUGGACAUGAACUAACCCAUGGCUUUGACAAUAAUGGUCGCAAAUAUGACAAGAAUGGUAACCUGGACCAGUGGUGGAGCAGCGUAUCUGUAGCAGCCUUCAACAAUAGGACCGAAUGUAUGAUUAAUCAGUAUAAAAACUACUACUGGGAGGAGGCGGCUCUGAACGUGAGCGGCAAGAAGACUCUGGCAGAAAACAUAGCGGACAACGGAGGCAUAAGGGAAGCGUUCAGGGCUUACCGGCGGUGGGUUGACAGGAGCAGGGGUGGUGUGGAGGAGCCUCUGCUGCCUGGAGUCGCUCUGAACAACAACCAGCUCUUCUUCCUGAGCUACGCACACGUGAGGUGUAACGCGUACAGGCCAGAGGCAGCCAGAGACCAGAUCCACAGAGGCGCCCAUAGUCCACCAAAGUACAGAGUCAUCGGGGCCAUGAGUAACUAUGAGGAGUUUCAGAAAGCCUUCAGCUGUCCUGACUCAUCAAUUAUGAAUCGAGGAGCACAGUCCUGCCGGGUGUGGUGACCUUUGACCUCAGUUUGACCCUGAGCGAGGCCGAAGACUGCCAGCAGGACAUCUGUGCUGAAGGCUCCGAAUGCUGGACAUGAUUUACAUGAGAUGGGAACAGUGGAGCUGAUCUCGCACAGGAACAAAUCCUAGAGUGAGACUCGAGCCUUUUUCAAAAGACUGUUGUUUAUUCUUCCUGUCGCAAUGAUGGAAAUUUAUAAAUGUUCAGGUACGUUUACUCACUCUGUUGCAUUUACUGUGAACAUUACGACUGAAAGCAUUAAUUAAGGAUCAGAGUUUAUGGGUUACAGAUUUUUUAAAGAAGACCUGCUGUAUACGUACUAAACCAAAGCUGGAGCCUUAUGGAAAUAAAGAAUUUAUAUAUAAGGAUCGAAGACGAUACAUAAUUAUUACAGGAUUGUUGUUUUAUUGUAACUUAUUACGUUAUGUUGUAAAAGAUUUACUUCCUGAAAUGAUCAUACUUGUGCUAACCAGAGGCUGCACAAGCUAAAACCAAACUACAUCUGUUUAUUAUUUUAUGUUUAUUAUUUGAAAGCUGUGGACAUGCUCAUCUUUAAUUUAGAAAACACCAUUGAUUAUUUUGCCUCAUUGAUCUGUCAUCUGUCUUCCUUUCCACCUUCUGCUCGAUACGUUCAUCUUUCAUUCUUUUGCUGAUGAUGCAUUUUCAAAUCUGUAAUUUCCCUUUCUUUUGAGUUUAUUAUUUGUCAUAUUUAUAAGAGUAGUAGAGCUUCUAUGUAGAACUGAGCGAGAGGUCUGCCCAGCUCCUCAGGUUUUAUUCUACUAUAAAUAAAAAAAAAAAACAUA